CUCUGACUGACGAUUUUAAAAAUGUUAAAAGUGACAAUUAACAAAUUGUGUUAGCAAAAAUUUUGAAGUUGUAAAAUGUGAUAAAUACCUAUUUGUUAAAUGGGGAUCCAUAUAUCCAAACAUUUCAGGAUACCGUCUUGCUGCAAGAACUCGCAUUUCCAAUGCUUCGGCAAGAAGGAGUACAUCACAGAAAAGAGCCUGCACGCCGUCCGCGAAAUCAUCGUAGCCCUAAGGUCAAAUGUGCAGAUCAUCAGCCACGGGUGGAUGUUCAGGGCCGGCGCGGCCCUCAAUCAAACCGCCGUCCAGGAACUGAACGCGGCCCUCGAAAAGGGCGACGUCGCUAAGGUACGAUCGAUGCUCGAAUCCGGCUGGAGACUGGAAGCCUCCCAGGCCCUCUACACUUACCUAACCAGAAUGGAGGAGCCUCUGAUACCCCUCUCCAUACAAUCGCUCGUGUUGGGCGACGAAAACGAGAACGUCGACGUGGAGAUAAUCGUCGCCGACGUUUUGGGUCUGAUGAAGGAAGAACUGCCGGCCAAUCAGCUGCUAUUAGCAGCCAUGCUCUUCGAGCUGCUGGACGCUGUGAUAAAAUCCUCUCCGGCUGAUGAAUUGCGCGGAAACACCUUGCCCAUAUCGCUGCUUCCUCUGUUCUUCACCGUCCAAACGCAGCACAUCAACGAAUGGCGCAGGAUCGUGACGGUGUUCGUGGAGAUGAUCCGGCAAGCUCCUGUCCAGCUGCAGGCCAACGCGGAGCCCGCCGACGACGACGUCCGUUUGAUGAUCGAAGCGCCUUCGUUGAACGCGUUGGAUGCGGCGCCGGUGCUGGAGGAGCGGGAGCUCUUGCAGAAUGUCGUUGUAAGGAGGUACUUGGAGCCUGUUGGUCAUAGAGGCGAUUGCAGCAAUCUGGAGGUGAUCGAACGGCGAUCGGGGAACGGAGCGGAAUAAGCUUGUUUUGUUGUAAUUUUAGUGGUAUAGGCGUAAAAUAAAUUGGUUUGAACCGUG